AUGGCCUCAUGUCUUAUUUCAAGUAUUUCAGAAGAGCUCAAGUGCUCUAUCUGCCUAGAGUUGCUCACAAAUUCCAUGUCAAUAGCCUGUGGUCACAAUUUCUGCGAAGACUGUAUCCUCAAGCACAUGCAAUCGUCUGGUAGCUAUAGCUUUCCAUGUCCUGUGUGCCGGACAGUUUCUGACUUGAAGAAUCUCUGGCCUAAUCAACAACUGUGCAAAGUAGUACAGUCCUUCAAAUUGGUUCACCCCGCUUUGAGAAGAAGCCUGAAUCAGAGAAAAGUGAUGAAGACAAAAUUCCAUGAGGAAAUCACUCUGGAUCCUAAAACUGCCCAUCCUGGAAUCAUCUUAUCAGCAGAUAGGAAAACAAUGAGAAUAAACGAUGCAUGGAAGAAGUUGUAUUGUGAUGUGGAACAAUCUGAUCAAUGUAGUCCUGUUCUAGCAACUCAGAGCUUCAAGUCUGGGAGACAUUAUUGGGAGGUGACAGUGGGAAACAGUUCUGCUUGGGAUGUUGGUCUUUGUGAGAACUCUGUAAAAAGAAAGGGAAUAAUUCCACCAUGUUGUUCUACUGGAUACUGGCUUUUGAGUUUGAGACAAAGUUAUUAUCUAAUCUGUACCAUACCUAGGAUCAAAAUUCCCUUAAAAGGGAAACUCUACAAAGUAGGGAUCUUUCUGGAUUAUGAGAUGGGAGAUGUAGUGUUUUAUGAUGUAGACAGGAGAUGUCAUAUCUAUACAUUCACCAGCUCCUUUUUAGAGCCUCUCAUCCCUAUAUUUUCUAUCGGCUUUGACUCCAAGAAUGAAAAUAUUUUGUCGCUAGACCCAGUAUCAGAUGAGGCUGAAGAAACCCUAGAGGAUGAUUAUGACAUUUGCCUGGAAACUUUCUUCAGAGAGGAACCCAGCCUGUGA